AUGAGUUGCGUGCCAUGGAAGGGUGACAAGACCAAAUCGGAAUCACCAGAGACACCCCAGCUACCACCACUGCAUAUUUAUCAUGAGAAGCAGCGUAGGGAGCUCUGUGCCCUCCAUGCCCUCAACAAUGUCUUCCAGGACAGCAACGCCUUCACUAGGGAAACUCUGCAGGAGAUUUUUCAGAGGCUGUCUCCCAACACCAUGGUGACACCCCACAAGAAGAGCAUGCUGGGAAACGGAAACUAUGAUGUCAACGUGAUCAUGGCAGCGCUUCAGACCAAAGGCUAUGAGGCGGUUUGGUGGGACAAGCGCAGGGAUGUUAACGUCAUUGCCCUGUCUAACGUGAUGGGCUUCAUCAUGAAUCUGCCCUCCAGCCUUUGCUGGGGCCCCUUGAAGCUCCCCCUCAAGCGACAGCACUGGAUCUGUGUCCGGGAGGUGGGAGGCACCUACUACAACCUCGACUCCAAACUCAAGGUGCCCGAGUGGAUUGGAGGUGAAAGUGAGCUCAGGAAAUUUUUGAAACACCAGCUGAGAGGCAAGAACUGUGAACUCCUGCUGGUGGUGCCAGAGGAGGUGGAAGCACAUCAGAGCUGGAGAGCUGACGUGUGACCCGGACCGACUCUGUCCUCCCACUACAGCUCUUCCCUUUUACUGAACUCCCGAUGUCCCGAAACCUGGGUAACGGGUGCCCCGACUCUUCUCGUCUGGAACUUCCUUUGUUAGGCUCUUCUCUUCCUUCCUUGGUGCAAUAGGGCAGCAGCGUAGGACAUUGCAGGGGGGGCGAGUGGGGAAGAAUUGAGGGCAGAGUGGAGGAAACUGGAAGGCAAUCACUUUAAUUGCAAAGGCGGAUGAGCUGCGUGCCCUUCAGCUGGCUGGAAGGCGUUGCGCUCUUUCAAACUGGGCUCUGGGGCUGGGGUGUCUGGAAGCCGCUGGCCUCCCUUUCCCCACGUCGGGCGAGGCCGCCUGUGGUGGGACACUGCUCCCUCCGGGGCUUGCUGGGGAGGAGCCGGGGCCGAGCACGCUGCUGCCUCUCCACAGGUCUCUCCCUCCAAAAUAAGUCAUCGUGAAGAUGUUUGCAGUUCCUAAGGGUCUCUCAGGACACACUCAAACACUAGGAAUGGUACGGUGCUCCGCACGACCCUCUG